UAGAAACUAGAAUACUACAAAUAUAAAACUAGACUCUUUUUUUUAUUAUUAUUAUUGCGGUGACGCGAUGUGGCAUUACCCAUUAUUUGUCCCAUUUUUCAUAAGUAAUCCAACCUUUUUUCAGUCUGAAAAUUCUAAACAUGCCUGUUUCCUGAAGGAAUGAUGUGGGUUUUAAGGGAACCCCCAAGAGCUCUGUCACAAUUCAAACACUUCUCAUAACACCUAGAAGCCUACAUGACAAAUCAAUAUUUGAAUACUGAAAUACUGUGAUCAUGUAAAACUCUCAGUUGUGUAUGUGAAUGCACAGAUAAGAGUUUUACAGUCAUCAUGAAGCUGUGAUAAUAGAAUUCCAGCAUGGCCAGAGUCUUUAUUUUCCUUUUAUUCUAUUUUUUCCACCUAAUUUGGAAUGCCGGAUUCCCAGUGUGCUCUAAGUCCUUGUGGUGGUGCAGUGACUUGCCUCAAUCUGAGUGGCAGAGGACAAAUCUCAGUUGCCUCUGCGUCCGAAAUGUCAAUCCUCGCAUCUUAUCACGUGGCUUGUUGAGCGUGUUACCGCAGGGAGAUAGCGCGUGUGGAGGCUUCACGCUAUUCUCCGCGGCAUCCACGCACAGCUCACUACGCACCCCACCAAGAGCGAACCACAUUAUAGAGACCACAAGGAGGUUACCCAAUGUGACUCUGCCCUCCCUAGCAACCGGGCCAAUUUGGUUGCUUAGGAGACCUGGCUGGAGUCACUCAGCAAACCCUGGAUUCGAACUUGCGACUCCAGUGGUGGUAGUCAGCGUCAAUACUCGCUGAGCUACCCAGGCCCCGAGUCUUUAUUUUCGUAAUCGUCUAUAGAUAUUAAUUAUGAAACAUGUUGGGAAAUAUUCGAUCGUUAUACAGGAGUCGAGUCGAUUGUUUGUUUUUCUCAUGCCAUGUUUAACACUCUGUGAUAGCUUGAGUAAAGAGAAUUUCAUGGUUCUGCUCUCAUGGUCUGCUUACAUUCCUCAAACAUUUCAGAAUUCAGUAUCUGCACUAGUCAAAAGCAAACAUAAGGUUCUGCAGAACACAGAUCAUUUAAAAAUGACUUGAGAGAGCAGAGGCUUUAUUACGUCAGUGGGCAGCACUCAGUGAAUAUUAUCUAUAAAAACCCUCUGGAGAGAAACCAGCACACACACAUGCACUGAUCUUCCCUUCAAAGCCCAGAACUGCCGUAAGACAAAGAUGAUGCAGGCGGAGGAGUACACACAGAGAGGGAAGGAGAUGGUGGAUUUUAUACGACAGUAUCUCACUGAGAUACGUGAGCGCCGCGUAGUUCCAGAUGUGCAGCCGGGUUACAUGCAUCCUCUACUGCCCAACAGUGCCCCCCAUGAGCCAGAGGGCUGGAGCUCCAUCCUGCAGGACGUGGAGAACAUCAUCAUGCCCGGGGUAGUGCAUUGGCAGAGUCCACACAUGCAUGCAUAUUUCCCUGCGCUCACCUCAUGGCCGUCUCUGUUGGGUGACAUGCUGGCAGAUGCCAUAAACUGCCUCGGCUUCACAUGGGCCUCCAGUCCAGCCUGCACUGAACUGGAAAUGUGUGUGUUGGACUGGUUGUGUAAAGCGCUCGGGUUGCCAGAUCAUUAUUUACACCAUCAUCCACAGAGCAACGGAGGAGGAAUACUGCAGAGUACGGUCAGUGAGUGUACGCUGGUCGCUCUUCUCGCAGCAAGGAAAGACAGAAUUCUGCAGAUGAAAAGUGAAUUCACACACGCCGACACAGACGAAUCUGUGCUGAACUCUAGACUCAUCGUGUACGCCUCUGAUCAGGCACAUUCAUCAGUGGAGAAGGCAGGUCUGAUCUCGCUGGUGAAGAUCAGAUUUCUGGAGACAGACGAAGUGUUUUCACUACGUGGAGAAUCUCUGCAGCGAGCCAUUGAUGAGGACCGCAAGAGAGGAUUCAUACCCGUGAUGUUGUGUGCAACGCUUGGCUCUACAGGUGUUUGUUCUUUUGAUCGACUCGAUGAACUUGGCCCAGUGUGUGCCCGGGAGGGUCUCUGGCUGCAUGUUGAUGCGGCGUAUGCCGGCUCCGCCCUUCUGUGUCCGGAGCUGCGGUAUUUCAUGAAUGGAAUCGAGUUUGCCGAUUCAUUUGUCUUUAACCCAUCAAAGUGGAUGAUGGUUCAUUUUGACUGUACAGCAUUCUGGGUGAAGAAUAAAAUGAAACUGCAGCAGACGUUCACUGUCGACCCGCUUUACCUGCGACAUGAUAACUCAGACACCACUGACUUCAUGCACUGGCAGAUUUCUCUGAGUCGGCGCUUUCGCUCACUGAAGUUGUGGUUUGUUAUGCGCUCAUUCGGUCUGAAGAACCUGCAGGCUCAUAUACGACACGGUGUGGAGAUGGCGAAGCUCUUUGAGUCUCUGGUCAGGGGUGAUUCAAACUUCCAGAUUCCAGCACAGCGACAUCUUGGUCUAGUUGUCUUCUGCUUACGAGCAGGAAAUGGAGCGACGCAGGAGUUACUGCGAAAUCUGACUAAAUCAGGGCAGAUGUUUCUGAUUCCCGCCGCCAUCGGAAACAAACUGAUCAUCCGCUUCACUGUGACGUCACAGUUUACCAGCGCACAAGACAUACAGCGGGACUGGAGCCUCAUCCAUCAGGCCGCCAGAGACGUGCUGCGUUCACACUCCCUCACACGCGAGCCCAGUAUGCUGUCUGACACAGACAGCUGCGAGGAGAACGUGCAGGAACCGGAAGAAAUGCCACUGACCAUACAAUCAGAGCUCAGCAGAAUGCGCCUGGAGCCGAUGAUAGACGAGCGAUUGGUACGUCAGGGGCAGAGACGAGCCAUUCGCUCUCUGAGCUGCAGCGCCGAGAUCCCGCCCACCAGGCCUGACCACGCCCACUCUCUGAAGGAGGCGCCGCCCUCAGGCUCGCUGGCGCAGAUUCCAGAGCAGCCGCUCCAGUCACAGCAGAGAACACAGAAGCAUCUGCUGAAGUUCCACAGCGUUCCGAGUCUGUCGCAGGUUUGGGCACAGUGCGGCAUGCAGCAGCUGUACUACCCCUUUAAGAAAGGCUGGGUCACCAGCCGGGCAAGCUGCUUUAACUGCUUCCCUUUAGCAGAGACCAGCCCUCUGCACACUAAAUAAUACACACACAAACACACUAUGCACACACUCCCUAUAUUCUAAACCCUAGUGAGCUGCCUUGCUGUCUACUGCCUUCUAAGGCAGUGUCCUAACUGAAAUGGAACUUCAUAAGUGACUGAUUUGAAACACUCUCAUUGGCGGGCUCAGGCUGUCUAUGGGGCAGGGGGGAAAAAAUAAAAAGGGCACCUGCUGCAUGUGAUGGGGCACCAGUGCGCAGAAAUCUGUGAUGCAUUUAUGGUGAAACAGUUCCAAACCCUGGUUAAGAUUAACAAAAUUUUAUUAUGUGACUCAGAUUUUAAGCAUAACUACUACACCUCUGUAAUAAAAGCACACAGGGAACUAUUAACUAUUUAACCUUUUAUUUCACACACACACACACACAGUAGAAUCAGUAGAAUCAGUAGAAUUCUUCUUUUGGCCAUGUGUUUGUAAAUAUCAAUUAACUUUUUUGGGUCAACUGGGAUGUCCCUCUCAAUGGAUAGCAGCAGAAGAUCUGAGAGCCUGCCUUCCCCACAUCUCUUCCUGAGCUGGGUCAUGAUCAGCUUCAGUUUAGAGAAUGACCGCUCUACUGAAGCGGUUGUCACUGGCAAUGUGGCAUAUAUUUUGAAGACCUUAGUCAGGGUAGGGAAAACUGUGUCCACAUUGUUGACUUUAAGGCACUUUAGCAUAGCUUGCACACUGCUGGUUGGAAGAGCAUAGGAUGAGUAGAACACCUUGAGUUCAGUAACAAGAUUUUCUUCCUCAACGUCAAAAACUGGCAAACAUCUCUAACAUAUAGAGCAGCUCUGUCAUCUAUCAUGCCUUUCCAGUGACUUAAGAUCGUAAGGCAGUGAAGACCUGAUAGGAUUGCCCCAGUUGGUGUGUCAUCCUUCCCCUUGAAUCUCCGGUCUAGCUCUUUGGAGAGGAUGUCAAUAAAAGUAAAGAACACCUUACUCCGUUAGUGCUCCUCUGAGCUCUGGGCUUGAUGGUCCUCUGUAGAAGAUUGGGAGCUGUACUUGUACCUCUGAGGUACCUUUCUGUGUCUGGCUUGUCCAGGUAUUUCAUCAGGGACCUCAAUCCCAGCUUCCCCUGCUUGUUCUUUGGCUUUUGAAAAGAGGACCUUGAAUUCCUCAUCUUUCCUCGUUGCUUUCACCCUUCCUAUGACCCCUUCCACAAACCAGAAUUUCUGGUUUGUUUUGUUUUUUAAGCUGUAUACCAUGUGAUGCCCGGAUGCUCUUGUGUAGCAUAGAUUUAGAAUUUAUUCUAUGCAUGGAGAUCACCACACCUGUCUUCACUGAGACUGCCAUUGCUUCUUCUGCACUCCAGAGAAAGGAUCUGGAUCUGUACACACAUUAGUAAUGCAUCUUUAGUAAGCUGCAAUCUUAACAUUGGUUUAAAUGUCAAACAUAUUGCUAUGUAACCUACCUCACACACUGUAGUGGGAUGUGAAGGUUACAGCUCAGACUGUACUAAACCCACUGACACCUGAACAUCCUAAAGGGGGUGUGGCUGAGUGUGUGUGUGAGGAUUCUACCAAAAAUAAAGGGGUACUCCACCCAAGAGAUAAUUCUACCUCAUUUGCAGUCUCUUUUGGAACCAAUAAACUCAUCCAGACAGUUUUUAUUUUAUUUUUUUCUUUCUAAAGAUACUUUUAACUUCUCCAUGCUAACUUUUUAACUUCUACAUGCUAACGAUUCUAAAGAUUGGCUGGAUGAGUUUAUUGGCUCUAAACAGAAAUUCAAUUGAGGUAGAAUCAUGCUGCCACUAAACUGUUUUUUAAAAGGAUAUAUAUAUACACUAUAUGGCCAAAAGUUUGUGGACACCCCCUUCUAAUUAACAAAUUUGGUUACUCCAUUAAAUCCAGUAAAGAAAUAUCUUAAUGUUUCUUUAUGUAAUGGCUUGGGCUUUGUGUGCUUCCAAAUUUGUGGCAACUGUUUGGGGAUAGCCCUUUUCUGUUCCAGCAUGACAGUGCCCCUUUGAACAAAGUGAGUUCCAUAAAGAAAUGGUUUACUGUGUCUGGCGUGGAAGAAAUUAAAAGACUGGCCUGCAAAAAGCCCAAACCUGAACCCCACUGAUCACUUUUGUGGUGAAAUGGAACAGCAACUGUGAGUCAGGCCCCAUCGACCAACAUCAGUUCCUGACCUCACUGAUAGCCUUGUGUCUGAAUGAGAGCAAAUCCCUGCAGCCAUGUUACUACAUACAGUAUAGUGGAAAGCCUUCCCAAAAGAGUGGAAGCUGUUAUUACAGCAAAGGGGGAAAUUGAUGCCUAAGGUUUUGAAAUCAAAUGUUCAUCAAGCACAUAUGGUGUCCACAAACUUUUGGCCAUAUAGUGUAUAUAUAUAUAUAUAUAAAAUAAAAUAACAGGGGCACCAGGAGGGCAUUUUCCACUAUAGAGGCAUCCCAUGAGGGCACAUUGUCUCACAUAUAGGAGCACGUAGAAGCCAACUAAUUUUCUAGCAUGUAGGGCAGCCUACAUGGCACUGCAUCACAUUAUCUCCAUUGGAAGGGCACCCACUAGGACCCUUAAUCAUAUUUCCUCACACAUUGGGGCACCCAUGAGGGCACUGCAUCACAAUUGUCCCACUGGAAGGGCACCCAUUAGUGCACUACAUCACAUUUUCUCCACUGGAAGGGCACCCAGAGGGCACUUAAUCACGUUUUCUCCACUGGAAGGGCACCCAGAGGGCACUUCUUCACAUUUCCUCACACAUAGGGGCACCCUAGAGGGCACUGCAUCACGUUUUCUUACACACUAUGCCACCAUAGAGGGCACUUUAUAAUGUUUAAUCUACCAUAAGGGCAUCCAAGAAGGCACUUUUGCGGCAUUUUUUCUAACAUAGGGGAACCAGGGGGGCACUAGUGAACACACUCACUCCCCAUGUGAAGCAUACGAGAGAUAUGACCCAUAGGGGUGAAUUCACUAAACAGUGGCUGCACUUUUGCAAGUGAAAUUAUAGAGCAAAUUCCUGUCUUAUUCACUAACCACCCGCAAUCUUGUUUAAGUAGGCGAAAUCAGAGCUGAAAUAGUGCAGCGUCUUUAAAAUGUAUAUAUAAAUUAGGCUCAUUAUAGAUUGCGCUUUAUUCACAAAACUCUGUGCAAUUUGCGCGCCGUAAUAAAUAUUGCGCUAUCACUGCCCAAGGAAAGCAGGUGGUAAACUAAUUAAUAGAGAUGUUUGUGAACAUUUUCUAUUAAUCUUGGCAGGAGUUAUUCAUCACUAGUGAUCAAAAGAUGUUGAAGAGUGCAAAUUUUACUGAGCUCCUUGCAAUUCCUCAGAAUUUUGCCUAAAGAAGAUUAUAGAAUUAUAAUCUAUAAUUUUGCUGCCUACCUUCUGGGACAGCCUUCAUGUCUGGAGCACUGUGAUGCCUUAAAAUGCUGUCUAGGUAGGCAGCUCACUAGGUUUUGGAACAGAGUUACUGUAAGUCCCUUAAGACAAAACUUCCUCAGGACUCUGAGCAUCAGGAUACAGGCAGGAAAAUUUUCAUACUGGCAGUUCAGUGAACAUCACACGACUGAUCCACUGACAUCAACGACAAUAUACUGCCAGUACGUUAUUCGAUUGUUCAGAUGUCAUGAAAUUAUUUUCCUGCCAAAUUGUCAAUCAACACACAUGAAAACCCAAACAGUCUCUACCUUUAUGAAAUAUAAUUUAAUUCCCUCAGAAUCAUCAUCUUUCAAUCCAACUGUAUCGUUACUGAUUUAUAAAAAUUCACACACUCCCUGUUAAAUGUUUGGACACACUUGACUGAAUUUAUGUUCCACAUGAUCCUACAAACCCUUUCAUCUAAAGGCUUAUGCUUAAAUUACUGAAAUCUGUUUUGUAGGCAAAAAUAAAUUGAGCCUACGCAUUUCUUUAAGAAACUAACAUUUAAAUUCAAUAUUUUUCAUUUAAUACUAUUUAAAAAACAUGCCAGGAUGCACCUCAUGAAGUUUCUUGAGAGAAGCUAGUUUCACUACAUAAUUGCCAAAAAUCCGAUUAGGGUUAUUUAAAGGGAUAGUUCACCCAAAAAUGAAAAUGUUCUUAUCAUUUACUCACCCUCAUGCCAUCCCGGAUGUAU